CCUGCUCGGGUCCCCUUCCACACUGUGGAAGGUUUGUUCUUUCACUCUUUGCAAUAAAUCUUGCUACUGCUCACUCUUUGGGUCCACACUGCCUUUAAGAGCUGUAACACUCACCGCAAAGGUCUGCAGCUUCACUCCCGAGCCAGCGAGACCAUGAACCCACCAGAAGGAAGAAACUCCGAACACAUCUGAACAUCAGAAGGAACAAACUCCGGACACACCGCCUUUAAGAACUGUAACACUCACGGCGAGGGUCCGCGGCUUCAUUCUUGACGUCAGUGAGACCAAGAACCCACCAAUUCCAGACACAUUUUGGCGACCCAGAUGGGACCUUCGCCAAUCACCAAGCGGUAAGACCAUCGCCUAUUGCUGAGCGGUGAGACAAUCACCUAUCGCCAAGCAGUGAGUACCAUCGGACCCCUUUAGCUUGCUAUUCUGUCCUAUCUUUCCUUAGAAUUCGGGGGCUAAAUACCGGGCACCUGUUGGGCAGUUAAAAGCGACUAGCGUGGCCACCGGACUAAAGACACGGGUGUCAGGCUUUCUGGGAAAGGGCUCUAUAACAACCCCCGACUCUUCGGAGUUGGGACCAUUGUUUUCCCUAGAACCAGCUUCUGCUUUUCCAGUACUUCUGGGCUGAGCCGAGGGUCGACAGAGAGGAAAGCCAUGCAGCUCUGGGGUCCCGACAACAAGUUGGUUGACCCUGCGGCCAUGAGCAGAACUCUCAAAACCAUGUCGCCCAAGCGAGACUCGCCCAUCUAUCCUAUCUAUCCUGACCCUUGCCCCCUGGGUCCUAAUGCCUGUCAGACAAACUUCCUCUCACCUCUCUUCUCUGAGGUUAGUCCCCCUUCUAAAAAUUGCUGCCGUCUCUGGUGCUUUUCUAGUUUCUCCUAUAAGAAUGAUUUCUAGUAUAAACUCCAGGACUCUGUUACCUUCUUUAGGCACCCGGGCUCACCAAUCAGAAAGACAUAAUUUUUGCCCAAAGCCCCAUCAUAGUGGGGACUACCUGGAAUUUUAGGAUCCCUCCUCAGACUAACAGGCCUAACAAAAGCUAUUCCUGAAGCUAGGAUAUGGGGAGCCUCAGAAAUUAUAUCCUUCCUAUUCAUAUAAGUGAGGACAAAAGGUGUCACUCUUCCAACCCUGGAGAUCCCUUCCCUCCCUCAGGGUAUGGCCCUCCACUUCAUUUUUGGGGCAUAACAUCUUUAUAGGACAGGGGUAAAGUCCCAGUACUAACAGGAGAAUGCUUAGGACUCUAACAGGUUUUCGAGAAUGCGUCGGUAAGGGCCACUAAAUUGAUUUUUCUCAGUUGGUCCUCCUUGUGGCCUAGGAGGACAGGCAAGGGUGCAGGUUUUCGAGAAUGCGUCGGUAAGGACCGCUAAAUCUGACUUUCCUUGGUCCUCCAUGUGGUCUGGGAGGAAAACUAGUGUUUCUGCUGCUGCGUUGGUGAGCGCAACUAUUCCGAUCAGCAGGGUCCAGGGACCGUUGCGGGUUCUUGGGCAGCGGUUGUUUCUGCUGCUGUGUUGGUGAGCGCAACUAUUCCGAUCAGCAGGGUCCAGGGACUGUUGUAGGUUCUUGGGCAGGGGGAGAAACAAAAUAAACCAAAACGCGCAGUUUUGUCUUUCAGAUGGGAAACACUCAGGCAUCAACAGGCUCACCCUUGAAAUGCAUCCUAAGCCAUUGGGACCAAUUUGACCCACAAACCCUGAAAAAGAGGCGGCUCAUUUUUUUCUGCACUACGGCUUGGCCCCAAUAUUCUCUCUCUGAUGGGGAAAAAUGGCCACCUGAGGGAAGCACAAAUUACAAUACUAUCCUGCAGCUUGAUCUUUUCUGUAAGAGGGAAGGCAAAUGGAGUGAAACACCUCAUGUCCAAGCUUUAUUUUCAUUGAGGGAGACCACACAACCAUGCAAAGCUUACAAUUUUUAUCCCACAGGAGGACCUCUCAGCUUACCCCCAUAUCCUAGCCUCCCUAUAGCUACCCUUCCUAUUAAUGAUAAUCCUCCCCUAAUCUCCCCUGGCCAGAAGGAAACAAGCAAGGAAAUCUCCAAAGGACCACAAAACCCCCCGGGCUAUUGGUUAUGUCCCCUUCAAGCUAUAGGGGGAGGGGUAUUUGGCCCAACCCUGGUACAUGUCCCCUUCUCCCUCUCUGAUUUAAAGCAGAUCAAGGCAGACCUGGGGAAGUUUUCAGAUGAUCCUGAUAGGUACAUAGAUGUCCUACAGGGUCUAGGGCAAACCUUUGACCUCACUUGGAGAGAUGUCAUGCUACUGUUAGAUCAAACCCUGGCCUUUAAUGAAAAGAAUGCAGCUUUAGCUGCAGCCCAAGAGUUUGGAGAUACCUGGUAUCUUAGUCAAGUAAAUGACAGAAUGACAGCCGAAGAAAGGGACAAAUUCCCUACUGGUCAGCAAGCCAUCCCCAGUAUGGAUCCCCACUGGGACCUUGACUCAGAUCAUGGGGACUGAAGUCAUAAACAUCUGUUGACCCGUGUUCUAGAAGGACUAAGGAGAAUUAGAAAAAAGCCCAUGAAUUAUUCAAUCAAACUAGAGAAAGAAAAAAAUGGCACAAAAACACCUUUUGAUCAUCUUUACUAAAUACAGGUUGUUAUGGAACAAUUAUUAAUCUCAGUCUAAAACCUAUCUUCUGCGGGUAAUACAUAAUGGACUUUUUAAAGCAAAUUGUUUUUCAGACGUAACGCCACUGAUAACACAAGAUUAAGUAUCUAUCUCUUUUUAAAGAUGAUCCUGAUAGGUACAUAGAUGUCCUACAGGGUCUAGGGCAAACCUUUCACCUCGCUUGCAGAGAUGUCAUGCUACUGUUAGAUCAAACCCUGGCCUUUAAUGAAAAGAAUGCGGCUUUAGCUGCAGCCCGAGAGUUUCAAUCUUCAGGGGAAAUUAAGUUUCCUCUUCACUGGGUAGAUUAGAAAAUGGUGAGCUGUUUUCUAAAUAAGAAGGAUCAAAUUAGUCAGUUUUGCUACACUGGGAAAUCCAACUCUCAUGGGAUAGUUGUUACCCUGAAAGUAGGUUAUCCAGGAGAUGAGGGAUCAGAUGUAACUAAGUGAACAACAGCCAGCCUCCAUCCAAGCAAGAACCCAUACUCACAAAGAAGGAAGAGUUGCUGAUGCCUUUACGGCAAAGAUAAAAAAAAAAAAAAGGCAUUUUAAAUGUAUAUUAAUUUACUUAAUCCUCGUAACAACUCUGAGAUAUUAUCAUGCCCAUUUUACAGAUGAGCAAAUGGAGACACAAAGAGAUGAAAUGUGGUCAAGGUUACAUGCUAGUAAGUUGCUGAUCUGGAAUUCUAACCCAGGAAGUCCUGUCUCCAGCGUCUAUGAUUUCACCCACUACACUAUACUUCUUAAGCAUGUCAAGAAAGUGAGAACUUUAAAUUGAUUUAAUUAGACUAACUCUGAAAGUCUGAAAAUAAAAUUGAUUCAUUGGAAACUUUUCAUCAGUCCUUAUUUUGGGGGAUAUUCAAUUUAGUGAAAUUUAGUAUUUCAGUAAAGGUUAAUUCACUACAUAAAACAAUGUGAUUUUUUUCCUUUGAAGCACAGUUUAGUAUUGUGAUCAAGAUUUCCCUGACUCUCCCAGCGGUCUGAAUUUGGGUAAAUCAUUUCACUACCCCUUGACUCAAAUUCCGUAUUUAUAAAACAGGUAAAUACUGGUAUUACCUUCUAAGAGUGUUGUGAGGAUACGCAGAUUUUUUAAAAAAGCAGUUAAAGCCUUUAAACAGUAAUUAUAAGCAGUUGUCAUAAUUAUGCCGUUGUUAGACUUCUAGGUCAAUGAAUCAGAAAAUUUAAAUCUCAAUGUUUGAUUAUAAAAUCUGGUAACAGAUGGGUGAAAAGGAACCUGGAAUGGGUUUACUCUCCAGGAGUUCACAUUUAACUUUUCUUUCCGAAGUCCCAUCUAUUAACUCCUGUUCUAUGAAGUGGUACAAAAAGAUGAGGUAUUAAUUUUCUUUCUUAACAAAUAUUUGAAGGCAUAGGUGGUGUUGGCGAAGGGAGAUGAGGAAGACAUAUGUGCUUUCUUAUGAUAUUAAAACCUGGAAGACAAUAAAAACGCUGAUCAAAUAAUAAAAAGCGUUACCUAUGGCGGAAAAGGAAGCUCAAAUGUUCUUGUCAGGGGAAAACGACACAAAAACUGAAAGAGGGAAACAAAACAAUUGCACGGGUAAUAUGCAUUAGGGUUGUUAGGGAUAAUUUCUGCGCCCAAGGCUCUUAUUAGUAAUGAAAUACGGUGUGAGGAGCUGAGAUUCGUUCUGCAGUCUCAAAGUGUUAGUCGGAAAGUAACCCCUCCCUUGCCAUAGAAACUGAACCGGACUGGCGGCGCGAUUACACCUAAAACAAGUUGCAACCUCAUUUCCCUGUAGGCACGCCUCUUUUAUCUUAACCACGCCUCUUCAUUCCCUAAGCACUUCGUAAGCAAAGGGAAUAUCGCGAGAUUUGUACAUUGUCUCUUUUCUGACGUUUUCAGCUGUGAUAGUCGCUUUUGUUCUCGCGAUAUUUCCGGGUACGCGGGAGCCCCGGCGACCCGGGCUUCUGUGAAACAUGGCGGCAGGCUGGGACCAUAACACAAGCAUGACUAUAUGAAGGAAGAGGAAGGUUUUCCUGAAGAUGAGGCGACUGAAUCGGAAAAAAACUUUAAGUUUGGUAAAAGAGUUGGAUGCCUUUCCGAAGGUUCCUGAGAGCUAUGUAGAGACUUCAGCCAGUGGAGGUACAGUUUCUCUAAUAGCAUUUACAACUAUGGCUUUAUUAACCAUAAUGGAAUUCUCAGUAUAUCAAGAUACAUGGAUGAAGUAUGAAUACGAAGUAGACAAGGAUUUUUCUAGCAAAUUAAGAAUUAAUAUAGAUAUUACUGUUGCCAUGAAGUGUCAAUAUGUUGGAGCAGAUGUAUUGGAUUUAGCAGAAACAAUGGUUGCAUCUGCAGAUGGUCUAGUUUAUGAACCAACAGUAUUUGAUCUUUCACCACAGCAGAAAGAGUGGCAGAGGAUGCUGCAGCUGAUUCAGAGUAGGCUACAAGAAGAGCAUUCACUUCAAGAUGUGAUAUUUAAAAGUGCUUUUAAAAGUGCAUCAACAGCUCUUCCACCAAGAGAAGAUGAUUCAUCACAGUCUCCAGAUGCAUGCAGAAUUCAUGGCCAUCUAUAUGUCAAUAAAGUAGCAGGGAAUUUUCACAUAACAGUGGGCAAGGCAAUUCCACAUCCUCGUGGUCAUGCACAUUUGGCAGCACUUGUCAACCAUGAAUCUUACAAUUUUUCUCAUAGAAUAGAUCAUUUGUCUUUUGGAGAGCUUGUUCCAGCAAUUAUUAAUCCCUUAGAUGGAACUGAAAAAAUUGCUAUAGAUCACAACCAGAUGUUCCAAUAUUUUAUUACAGUUGUGCCAACAAAACUACAUACAUAUAAAAUAUCAGCAGACACCCAUCAGUUUUCUGUGACAGAAAGGGAACGUAUCAUUAACCAUGCUGCAGGCAGCCAUGGAGUCUCUGGGAUAUUUAUGAAAUAUGAUCUCAGUUCUCUUAUGGUGACAGUUACUGAGGAGCACAUGCCAUUCUGGCAGUUUUUUGUAAGACUCUGUGGUAUUGUUGGAGGAAUCUUUUCAACAACAGGCAUGUUACAUGGAAUUGGAAAAUUUAUAGUUGAAAUAAUUUGCUGUCGUUUCAGACUUGGAUCCUAUAAACCUGUCAGUUCUGUUCCUUUUGAGGAUGGCCACACAGACAACCACUUACCUCUUUUAGAAAAUAAUACACAUUAACACCUCCCGAUUGAAGGAGAAAAACUUUUUGCCUGAGACAUAAAACCUUUUUUUAAUAAUAAAAUAUUGUGCAAUAUAUUCAAAGAAAAGAAAACACAAAUAAGCAGAAAACAUACUUAUUUUAAAAAAGAAAAAAAAGGAUAAAAAAACCCAAACUGAAAUUCUAUAUACGUUGUGUCUGUUACAAAUGUCCUAGAAGAAAUCAUGCAGCUAAACAAUGAAGAAGCCCAACUGGAGUGUUGCUUUGAAGAUGACGCCUUCUUAUAUUUUCACAGCAAAUGGGUGGUAUCAAAAUCAGACAUUGCUUCUUGCUGAUAAAAAGCCUGAAGGAAAUAAGUGAAACUACAUCUAUGGGAAAAAAAAAAAAAAAACACCGAGAAGUGCAAAUGUUCGCAUCCUUUUGUUUUUAAAAGAUAUGAUGUCAGAAUAAAAUGUGGAAAACAUACGGAAAA